UGCUUGCCCAUCACUACAGUUGCGAAAGUUUGUAAACGCGUUGUGUGUAGGUGUGCAUUUCAUUGUUUUGAUUUGUGUGAUGUGUUGUCCGAAUGGACACAUGUGAAUAUUAGGUUUUCGCACACGUCCACCAGCCGUCUACACAUCUGAGAGGAAGGACUGAUGUGUGACUCUCGCGAGUAGCCGCGCUGGCGGGAGGAUGCAGCGGCUGCUCAGGUGUCAGCGAUGAGUGAUAUCAAACUGGACCCAAACUUCCUGGUCAGCCUGAAAAGAGAACCGGAACAGCGCACUAUCGAGGAUCUUCAUACGUUGUUCGAGACCCUGCAGGAGUUCGAAGCGCUCUCCAACCUCCGUGAAGCGGCGCUGCGCUCGCUCUGCAAGGCCAUACGAUACGAGCGAAGAGACAAGGACGAUAUACUCUAUUUUCGCGGGGAGCGGGCGUCAUGCUGGUACAUUCUCAUCUCCGGCUACGUCUUCAUUGAUGGCUCCAUGUUCUGCCCCGGAUCAAGUUUCGGCAAGCGGAUCGGUCAGCGGGUGAACGAUUGUGUCAUCCUGGAACCGGCGGAAAUGAUUGUGAUUGACUACCCGGACAGUAACCUCAUGUAUAGCGGCCAGAGACGUUCGUGUACCGCCGCAAACCUGGAGCGACUGCUAGCACUUGAACAGGAGGAGGUCAGCAUCCACUCCCGGCUUGCCAAUAUGGAGGAUCCGCAGGUGCUGGUGAACAACAUGCACCUGCUAUCGCUGUACAAGAACACGGGCUCCCGGUGUUCGUCAGACACCAGUUCGGCCUACAGCGGAUCGGAUACCAUGCAGUCGCUACAGUCGAGUAUUGACCCGGCCGAGGAUGUAGAUCUGACCGGUCUGAUUGAGUCCACCGUGGACUCUGACGAAGACGAGGAGGAUCUGAUGGCCACCAUGGACUCCAUCAACCCGCGUGACGCGGUCCGGGAGUGUCUGGAAACAGACCCGGCCAACCGUACAGAAGACGACGUGGAAAUACUGCUCGAGUUCACCCAACACCUGCGGGCGUUCAGUAAUAUGACACUCAGCGUGCGGCGCGCCCUGUGCAGUGUGAUGGUGUUCGCCGUGGUGCAGAAGGCGGGCACGACAGUGAUGCAGGACGGCGAGGAACUCGACUCGUGGUCGGUGAUUGUCAACGGUCAGGUGGAAAUCAGCGGACCCGGUCUGCCUACCACCGAGCUGGGACUAGGAGAUAGUUUCGGUAUCACUCCGACAAUGGAGAAGCUGUAUCACCGGGGCGUGAUGCGAACAAAGUGCGACGACUGCCAGUUCGUCUGCAUCACCCAGACAGACUACUAUCGGAUACUGCAUCAGGGCGAAGAGAACACCCGACGCCAUGAAGAGAACGGCGAGGUCGUUCUGGUCACCGAGCACAGGAUCCUGGACGCCGGCUCCGGGAAGGGACACUGUGUCAUCAAGGGCACGCCCGAGCGGCUAAUGACGCAGCUGAUGGCUGAAAACUCGCUCAUCGAUCCGUACUAUGUGGAGGACUUCCUGCUAAUCAGGAGAAUCUUUCUGCCGGAGGCGACGACUCUGUCGAAUCAGUUGAUGGAAUGGUUCCGUGACCCCGAGUACCGUGACCGGGUCACGCGGGUCGUACUCCAGUGGGUCAAUAGUCACUUCAUCGACUUUGAAACCGACCCGGCCAUGAUGGACUUUCUGGAACGCUUCGAGGCGUGUCUGGAGAGCAAUAAAAUGCACGGACAGUUGGGCCUUCUCAACUUCGAGUGUGCGGCCAAAUCUCGCGUGCGUGUGGUCACCCUGGCACGCCCGAAUCGUGAUGAGCCGCUACCGUUCUGCCUAUUGGGCGGCUACGAGAGGAACUUCGGUAUCUUUGUCACCAAGGUGGAGAAAGGCAGCAAGGCAGAAGAUAUUGGCCUGAAGCGUGGCGACCAAAUUCUUGAGGUGAACGGCCAGAGUUUCGAGCACAUCUCGCACCCGCGCGCUCUGGAGGUGCUCAGAGGUACCACCCAUCUCAGCAUCACCGUCAAAAGCAACUUGCUCGCGUUCAAGGAGAUGCUCCAGACCCCGGAGGACGCGAUCCGACCCCGCCAGCGGAAGGGUUCAGAGAUCUCUGGCCUCAACAACUACCAGAGGCCCCGGCUGCCCGGAACGAACCCGGCCGGCACCGCGGCACCGACCUCAGAGAACGACCCGACUCAGAAGGACAAGAAGGAGGCGAUCCACAAGACGUUCGCCACGCUCGGGCUGCGCACCAUCAAGUUCAGGAAGGCGCUGAUCAAAGCCAUCACGCACAAAACUCCACUCCAAGCGCACCACUCGGACGACACGCUGGUACCGGGCGGCGGCGGCAGCGGAGGGGACGGUCCACCCACCCCCGGAGCCAUGUACCACUCCCACAGUAACCCGGACCUCAGUCAGCUCAGCUACGACGAGUGGAAGUUCGACUAUCCGGAGCACGUGCUAAAGGUGUACAAGGCCGACCAGAGCUGCAAGUACCUGCUGGUGCACAAGGAGACCACGGCCCGCGAGGUGUGCAUGCUGUCUCUGCGGGAGUUUGGCAUCACCGAUCCGAGUAGUAAUUACAGUCUGUGUGAGGUGACUGCCGGAGCCGGCGGUGUGGUCAAACAGAGACGACUGCCCGACCAGAUGCAGAAUCUGGCAGAGAGAAUCGGACUGGGGAGCAGGUACUACCUGAAGAACAACCAGGUGACAGAGCCUCUGGUUCCUGACGAGCUGGCGGCAGAGCUGCCGCGAGAGGGAAGCGUCCACUUCCUUCAGCUGAACGCUCUGGAGGUGGCCGUACAGCUUACUCUCGACGACUUCAGCCUGUUUCGACAAAUCGAGGCCACUGAGUAUGUGGACGAUCUGUUUGAGCUUAAAAGCCGCUACGGAACGCCUGGACUGAGGCAGUUCGCUGAGCUGGUGAACCGUGAGAUGUUCUGGGUCAUCACCGCAGUCUGUGGCGAACACAACGUCGUCAAACGCAUGAAGAUCGUCAAACAGUUCAUCAAAGUCGCCCGCCACUGCAAGGAGUGCAAGAACUUCAACUCCUUGUUCAACAUCGUGUCCGGCCUCAGCCACGGGGCGGUGGGGAGGCUGAAACAGACCUGGGACAAGCUGCCCACCAAGUACCAGAAGAUCUAUAACGAUAUGCUGGGCCUGAUGGAUCCCAGCAGGAACAUGUCCAAGUACCGCAACCUCAUCACGUCGGAGCACGUUCAACCCCCGCUGAUUCCGUUCUACCCGAUCGUGAAGAAGGAUUUGACGUUCAUCCACCUGGGUAACGAUACAUGGGUGGACGGCCUCGUCAACUUCGAGAAGCUCAGGAUGAUCGCCAAGGAGGUGCGCUCUCUGUCCGACAUGUGUUCGGUGCAGUAUGACGCCUGCUCGAUGCUGGAGCUGGCCGGUCACUCCGGUCUAGGACAACUGACCCUCACCGCGCAGAGAAACGCCACCGUCAAACGACGCAGGAAGUCGCAGGCGCAGUCCAACCCCAAGAAAAUGUUCGAGGAGGCUCAGAUGGUGCGCAGGGUGAAGGCCUACCUGGGCAACCUCAGCGUGGUUCAGGAUGAGGAGAAGCUGCUGCAGAUGUCACUCGAGUGUGAGCCGCCGCCGGCCGGCUCAUCCACCACCACCACACGACGGCGUCACCCGUCCCCUACGCUCUCUACCACGAGCAGCGCCAGCUCAGCGAGCGCCGCCAGCGACGGGCGGAGGGGAGACAGAGCCAAGUUCGGCGCCGCUUCGCCGAGUGCCGUGCGGAAACUAAUGUCUCUUGCUGAGACGAAGACGCGGCCGCACCAGCCGGCGAGCCGGGGGCCGCAUCUUCCACACCUGCUGACAACAGGCUCUCCGGCCGGAUCGCCUUCACCGGGACAGGCGAGACGCCGGCCUGGGUCAGGUCGCAGCCACGAGCGGUCUCAGUCGGACACUCUGCCCGUCGACCUGAACCCCGAGAGCAGCAGUGUGACCAGCAUGCCGCUCAGAAAGUCGCACAACAGCGUGUCAUCCGUGUCUUCGAGCGAGGCCGGCGCCGUGGGACCGGGCUACCCGCCGCACCACUAUGACCCGCCACGGUUUGAUUCGCCCGGCCCCGGCGGGGCAGUGGCGGCCGCUGGGGAUCUGUUUGCGUCGCCCAUGAGACACUACAUGUAUCUGCCCAAACAGGGUCCAGGCGGAGCGCACGGCCGGCCGCCCCCGCCUCCCCCGCUAGGCGCCGCCUACAUCCCGCCUCCGCCGGCGCCGCGGCCGCGCCCGCCGCCCGGGGCGGGUGCCAGCGGCGGGCGGGAGUCCCGCCGGCGGGGCCCCGGCCGCCCGCCGCGUGUCCCCCAUGGCGCUCUGGCGGCAGCAGCGGUCGGGAGACAUCCUGACUCGGAUCUAGAUGAUGACGAUGAGGACCAGGUAUCGGCCGUGUGAGGGUCUCCGCCGGCCUGUCACGUGUCAAGCCAAAGAAACGACGCCCUCGCCAGCGCGGAGCGCCGCAAUGUACCCGGUGAAGGCAGUCCUAGUGAAAAAGUGAGCCGUGCACCCCUCCGUUGCCGUCAAUGCGUCUAUUCCGUUGUCGAUGCGUCGAUUUCGUUGAUGUCCAUGUGUCGUGUCGGUAGAUUCCGAUGCCAAUCGGCGAGCUAUCGUCGAAAGUCGCCGGGUUUGUCCAGAUGCGCCCCCCGCCGGCUGAUGAUAUAUUCGUCGUGGUGGUCGGGAUAAGGCAGGACUAGGAUUUGUCGAAACUGGCCAGAAAUCUCAAAACGGCGGCCCGAGGGAUAUGUAUGAGCCUUUGAGAUAUGUCAGCAUGUCUCGAGAAUGAUUAUCCGUCUUCAAAGGGUGGCCAACUAUCUAGGUGUUGAGCGUAGUUCUCUACAUAGAUGUUCGUGGAUAUCUAGGAGCUAAGUGUCCUUGCCCUGGAGUUGUCUGCUCCUAAGGAGUGUCCUUUUCUGGGGCGACUGGAGACAAGAGCCGCGGUUGGUCGGUUUAUUUGAGAGCUCUCUGCUCGGCACCCCAAUAGUGUAUUUAUUGUGUUGUUCGCGCUCGUACGUGAGCAACUAGCUUGAGAACAACGGGGUCGGAGGCGGGCUGGGCUUACCAAGCCAGGCCGCCGCGCGUCCACACUUCACGCAGAGCAAUCAACUCAAUAUUUUGUGUCAAGUAUUUUUGUAUAUUCACGUUUGUUUGCACGUGAGCAAGUGUCAGUUGUAGUUAGAGGCGAAAUCCGCCGGUGGUAUCGUGGUAAAUGCGCCCUUAUGGUUGUUUUCUGUCCGAACCCGGCCGAUUUUGGCGCGCUGGGUGGCCGUAGGUGUUCAAGUAAGUCGGUUAAAGCGCGCCGGAUCUAACGUACAAAGACGCGGGAUAAUGCGCAGCAAUCGUCUCGCUUUGCCUGGAUUCGCAGGCUGGCCUGACAGACUGACCGUCAGCCGGGCUGGUGAAAAAGGUCCUUUAUAUGUUUUAUUGUCGUCUACUGUAGCAGUGUUCCUGAGCAAGUCUUGACGCUGUCGACUAGAAAGCUAAUACGUUGAUCUUUCCAUUCUCACUGUAUCUUCUGGCUCGCUUUCUGCGUGUUUUGCUAUCCGCUGUGAUGUCGCUUUUGGCUCCCUGGGUCCCCGUCCUUUUUGUAAGAACUGAAACAAGUGCUUUCUGCCUGAAGAUCUGACGUGCGCCGUCUUCCCUCUCGCUAUCUUGCAGAUCUUUGAUCGGACGGAUCCUAACAUAUCAUUCAUAUCCUCCAACCUCUCCCCCCCUUCCCCUCGUGUGAGAAGAAUCGACGAAUUCCGUGAGAGAAAGCCUGUCCAGACGAUGUUGCGCUCUUUUUGACAAUUUUUAGCUGCGUCAACUCGUGUGAGAUUGACAUCAUUCCUGCUCGCUGAGAUUAGACAGUAAAGUGCGACCUGUGAUGACUGAUGUGUGAUGGAUGUUGUGACGUAAUGACGUGACGUCAGGUGUGUCCGAUGUGAUGUAUGAGUUGUCCGGGGACCGGAAGAUGUGUUGGUGCAUAGUUCGGUCUCUUCACAAUACAGCCAACAUUGUGUCAGA